AUGGAACGCCACAGUCGAUCCAUAUCGGCGCAGAGCGACUGGAUCUGGUUCAAGUCCCUCCGAAUCGAAGUUACUUGGUCAUCGGAAGACCCCGCGACGACGGCGGUCGACGAUGACAGCGAGGAGGAUGAUGACGACGUGAAAUCGAGGCGCUCGAGCCUCUCCAAAGCAUCUCUGACCGCGAGAGAGAGCCGCUUUGAGCUGGCGUACAACUCCGAUAGACCGCCGCUGCCGGCUGCCGCCGCCAUCGCCGUUAUCUUGGAAGUGUUGCUUUCCUUUGCGGAGAGUAGCAUGAAUAUUGAUUCUCCUCUACGUGUGGACCGUUUCAGUCUAGAUCAUUAA